AUGGCGACACAAUACCCGCCUCCCUCGAAGCGGCAGAAGCGCGCGCAGGCCGAGUUCACGCGCGAACAGCAGGACGUCGACACGACCCUCCCCGACGGCACCGUACGCGUGCGCUUUGUAGACCAGGCCACGGGUGAGAGCGGCAGCCUGCCCGUUCUUACUGUCCCUCUCUCGCAAGCCACGACCAAGAACCUCGAGAUCCUCCUCAACGAGCUCAAGGACCAGGCCGACGACCAGGUCCCCUACCGGUUCUUCCACGACGAGGCUACGGAGGCGCUUGGGGACAAGGAAGAUUUGUACAAUGCACUGGUCAGGUCAGGGAAAGCCUCGGCAGAGAGCGAGAUUGUGCUCCAGUAUGCGCCGCAGGCUGUGUUUAGGGUGAAGGCGGUGUCGAGAUGUGCGGCCGCCGUGUCCGGGCACGGCGACAACAUCUUGGCCGUGCAGUUCUCCCCGCUGAACUCUGGACGUAUGGCUAGUGGAAGCGGAGACAAGACCGUCAGGAUAUGGGACUGCGACACAGGAACACCGGUGCACACGAUGAAGGGCCACACGAGGUGGGUGCUUGCUGUCAGCUACUCCCCAGACGGCUCCCUGCUUGCCUCUGGAGGCUACGACAACGAAGUCCGGAUCUGGGACCCCGAGACAGGAAAGCAGGUCGGCAGUGCGCUGAAGGGGCACACCCACUUCAUCACGUCGCUCUGCUGGGAGCCAUACCACCUGCAAGAGCCAGGGCGGCCGAGGGUAGCGUCGUCGUCCAAGGACGGACUGGUACGCGUGUGGGAUGCUGUUGGCGGCAAGAUCGACUUUGCACUGGCGGGACACAAGGGCAGCGUGACGUGUGUGAAAUGGGGCGGCACGGGCCGCAUAUACACGUCCUCUCACGACAAGACGAUCAAGGUGUGGAAUGCCGCCACUGGCUCGCUGCUCAGCACCCUGUCCGGCCACGCACAUUGGGUGAACCAUCUCGCGCUGUCGACCGACUUUGUCCUACGCACUGCCUACCACGACCACACACGCAAGGUUCCCGCGACAGCAGAAGAGAAGGUGGCCAAGGCGAAAGCGCGCUUCGAGAAGGCCGCCACCAUCAGCGGCGAGAUUGUGGAGCGCCUUGCGACCGCUUCAGAAGACUGCACGUUGAUCCUGUGGACGCCGCUGACCAGCCCGAAGCCCGUGACGCGGAUGACGGGACAUCAGAAGCAGAUCAACCAGGUCGUGUUUUCACCCGACGGCCAGCUGCUCGCGUCUGCAGCGUGGGACAACCACGUCAAGCUCUGGUCCGCGCGCGACGGGAAGUUCCUCAACACGCUGAGAGCGCACGUGGGACCGGUGUACAUGGCCAGCUUCUCCGCCGACAGCAGACUGCUCGCCAGCUGCAGCAAGGACACGACGCUCAAGGUGUGGGACAUGCGGACGGGCAAGCUGAAGGAGGACCUCCCCGGCCACAAGGACCAGGUGUUUGCGCUGGACUGGAGUCCGGAUGGCGACAAGGUGGGCAGCGGAGGAGCAGACAAGCAGGUGCGGAUAUGGAGGAACUGA